CUCACAAACACAAAGGGAACAAUAAAUCCCGAUAACAGCGAGACCAAGGAUAAUAACUGUCUACAAUGGGCUAUAUGUGCAUUUAAUGCAGAUAGACUCUCGGAAGCUAAAGAUAAAUGGUUAGCUGUAAAUGAGAGUUCAGUUCAAGCUACUAGUUAUCAGGAACAAAAACCAAGACAUGAGGAAUUAGAAAGGCCAUGA